AUGGAGGGCGCCUUUACUCAUCUGGGCAACCACCUGGUCUCCGACUCGGCCUCGACCAUCAACGCCGGCGACGAUGAGAGCAUUCUAGACGGAGAUCUUGGCCGCUCCAACCUCAACGGCCGCCGCCGCCGCCUGGACGAUGACGAGGACGGCGACACCUACGACGAGGAUGACAUGGAGAGCAUGGCCAGCAUGCAGAUUGACGGCAAGCAGCAGAAGCCCGACGAGGAUGUCGAGCUGCCGCCUCAUGCUUGCGCCUACUGCGGCAUCCACAAUCCCAGCAGCGUCGUCAAGUGCCUUAGCUGCAGCAAGUGGUUCUGCAGCGCCCGUGGCAACACGUCUUCUUCCCACAUCAUCAACCACCUUGUCCGCGCCCGCCACAAGGAGGUCCAGCUCCACCCCUCGUCCUCGCUUGGCGAUACUGUACUGGAGUGUUAUAACUGUGGAACUAAGAAUGUCUUCCUGCUUGGUUUCAUUCCCGCCAAGUCCGACACGGUCGUCGUCCUUCUGUGCCGUCAACCGUGCGCCGCCAUGCCUUCUUCCAAGGAUAUGAACUGGGAUACUUCGCGUUGGCAGCCUCUGAUCGAGGAUCGUUCGUUCCUACCCUGGCUUGUUUCCCAGCCCUCGGACCAGGAGCAGCUCCGCGCCCGCCACCUGAGCCCUCAGAUGAUUGCCAAACUGGAGGAAAUGUGGAAGGACAACAGCAAUGCCACCAUCGCCGAUUUGGAAAAGGGAGCUGGAGUCGACGAUGAACCCGCGCCGGUUUUGCUCCGCUACGACGAUGCCUACCAGUACCAGAAUGUCUUCGGUCCGCUGGUUAAGAUCGAAGCCGAUUACGACCGCAAGCUGAAGGAGUCGCAGUCUCAGGAUGGUCUUAUUGUGCGCUGGGACUUUGGUUUGAACAACAAGCACUUGGCUAGUUUCGUGCUGCCCAAACUGGAAUUGGGAGACGUAAAGCUUGCCGUGGGAGACGAGAUGCGGCUGCGCUACACUGGCGAACUUAGACCUCAUUGGGAGGGCGUGGGAUACGUCAUCAAGAUCCCCAACAACCAGUCCGAUGAGGUUACGAUUGAGUUGCGCACCAAGGGAGACCACAAAUCGGUCCCUACGGAGUGCACGCAUAACUUCACCGCCGACUACGUUUGGAAGGCCACUUCUUUCGACCGCAUGCAGCAUGCUAUGAAGACCUUUGCGAUCGACGAGAUGAGCGUUUCUGGUUACAUCUUCCACCGUCUUCUAGGUCACGAGGUCGCCGCUGCUCCUAUGAAGACUCAGCUUCCACGCAAAUUCAGUGUUCCCGGACUUCCAGAGCUCAACGGUUCGCAGAUCAACGCCGUGAAGAGCGUUCUGCAGAAACCUUUGAGCUUGAUCCAGGGCCCCCCUGGUACGGGUAAAACAGUCACUUCAGCCACCAUCAUCUACCACUUGGCCAAGAUCAACGGUGGCCAGGUCCUGGUUUGUGCCCCGUCCAACGUCGCUGUGGAUCAACUUUGCGAACGUAUCCAUCGUACUGGGCUCAAGACUGUCCGAGUUACGGCAAAGUCCAGGGAAGAUGUCGAGUCUCCUGUUGGCUUCCUUUCCCUUCACGAGCAGGUCCGCAUGAACGACACCAAUGUCGAACUCAACAAGUUGAACCAGCUUAAGAGCGAACUUGGCGAACUGUCUAGCCAGGACGAAAAGAAGUUCAAGCAGCUGACCCGCGCCGCCGAGCGCGAAAUUCUGACCAACGCAGAUGUCAUUUGCUGCACCUGUGUCGGCGCUGGCGAUCCCCGUCUGGCAAAAUUCAAGUUCCGCACUGUCCUCAUUGACGAGUCAACCCAGUCUGCUGAACCUGAGUGUAUGAUCCCGCUCGUCUUGGGCUGCAAGCAGGUUGUCUUGGUUGGUGAUCACCAGCAGCUUGGACCCGUCAUUAUGAACAAGAAGGCCGCCAAGGCUGGUCUGAACCAGUCCCUGUUUGAGCGUCUUGUCAUUCUGGGCUGCGCUCCUAUUCGCCUGCAGGUCCAGUACCGUAUGCAUCCCUGCUUGUCUGAAUUCCCCUCGAACAUGUUCUAUGAGGGCUCCCUGCAGAAUGGUGUGACGCGGGAGUCUCGGAUGCGCAAGGAGGUCGACUUCCCCUGGCCGGUGGUCGAUAGCCCUAUGAUGUUCUGGUCCAACUUGGGCAACGAAGAAAUCUCCGCCUCUGGUACCUCUUACCUUAACCGCACGGAAGCAGCAAAUGUCGAGAAGAUUGUCACCCGCUUUUUCAAGGCUGGUGUCAAGCCCCAGGACAUCGGUAUCAUUACUCCUUACGAGGGUCAGCGCAGCUAUGUCGUGCAGUCCAUGCAGGCGAAUGGCACCUUCAAGAAGGAGAACUACAAGGAGAUUGAGGUUGCUUCCGUCGAUGCGUUCCAGGGCCGUGAGAAGGACUUCAUCGUUCUCUCCUGCGUGCGCUCGAACGAUCACCAAGGAAUCGGUUUCUUGAGCGACCCGCGCCGUCUUAACGUGGCUCUCACUCGUGCCAAGUAUGGUCUUGUCAUUCUGGGCAACCCGAAGGUGCUGUCGAAGCACCCACUGUGGCACUACCUCCUUUUGCACUUCAAGGAGCGCAACUGCUUGGUCGAGGGCCCUCUCAACAACCUCCAGACUUCUCUCUUGCAGUUCACCCGCCCUAAGACUACCUACCGUGGCCCUCAGCGUUACCAGAUGGCGUUCCAGCAUGCAUCGAACAUGACCUCUGGCCGUAACAUAAAUGGCAACAAGGCUCGCCAGGAGUACACCGACAAUGGCUCAAUUGUUGGCUACAUUCCCGACGACGUCUCUUCUGUUCACUCCUCUGCGCUUGGCGGUGUGGGGGUCAGCUCAAACUACCCUCCUAUGUUCUCUGGAUUCUCGGAAGCCUGGCCGUCGCUGCCGGGCGCACGCAACACUCCUGGUCCAGGUGGAAGGCCUAACGGCAAGAGCCCGGGCGUUGCCAGCAGCGUUGCUGGUGAAUCGAUUGCGGCAUCAGAACUGACCGACACUAACGGCAGCGUCGUCGACGGCAAGGGCGGGGUUGGCCAGGGUGGCGUCAGCCUUGCGGGUCUCAGCCUCAAUGACAUCGGAAAACCGACUUCGCUCUCUCAGUCGGAUCGUCUCAAGCGCUACGUUGAAUCGAGCGGACAGCCUGGCCCGGUUGGCUACGGCCGUGGAGCUGGUGGUCGCGGCUUCCCUGAGGAUGAUGACGCUCGCAGCGUGUCGACCGCUUUCGCCAGUCAGAUCGGCUUGGGGAGCUACGACUGA